AAGUACAAACCCUAGUCUAUAUAUUCCACACGCACACCUAAAGUUCAACUCCUCUUCACUCUCUGGUCGCUCCGUACCCUAGUUCAACUCUGCGUAAUCAGGAGCGAUCCAAGAGAACUCUGCAAUCAUGUUGGUUUACCAGGAUAUCCUCACAGGUGACGAGCUUCUGUCUGAUUCUUACCCAUACAAGGAAAUUGAGAAUGGCAUGUUGUGGGAAGUUGAAGGAAAGUGGGUUGUCAGUGGACCUUGUGAUGUAGACAUUGGUGCUAACCCUUCUGCUGAAGGGGGUGAAGAUGAGGGAGUUGAUGACACAGCUGUUAAGGUUGUCGACAUUGUUGAUGUAUUCAGACUUCAGGAACAACCUGCUUUUGACAAGAAGCAGUUUCUUGGCUUUGUUAAGAGGUACAUUAAGUUGUUGACACCCAAACUAGAUGCAGAGAAACAAGAGCUAUUUAAGAAGCACAUUGAGGGAGCAACUAAAUUCCUCCUUAGCAAGCUCAAGGACCUUCAAUUCUUUGUUGGUGAGAGCAUGCAUGAUGAUGGUAGCUUGGUCUUUGCCUACUACAAGGAGGGUGCUACUGAUCCAACAUUUCUCUACUUUGCAUAUGCUUUGAAGGAGAUCAAGUGCUAAGUGCUGAUGCACUAGGUUUUCUGCUUCUAAUUUAUCCUGUUUUUGUUCUACAUCGUGUUCUUAAGUUAUACUCGACAAUUGAGACUAUGAUUUGGUAUUUUUGAUAAUGAUGUGAUGGUUUGCACUUA